AUGGCGGCGCCGCUGCUUUCGCUCGUCUCCUUAUUCCUAGAGAAGCUUAACAGUUUGAAAUACAAGGAAGUGAUGCCAUGCGGGUUACAGUCCGCGCUAGAGGAGCUCGAGGAGAAGAUCAAGGAGAUCAGACACUUCGUCCCCGAUGCAGAGACCCAGGCCUUCGGCAGCGAGUACGCCCGCCUCUGGCUGAAAGCGCUGAAAGAGGCGGUGUACGACGCAGAUGACGUCCUCGACGACUAUGCAAUCGCCGGAGGAAUGGUAUCAGUACAGCCGGAAACGCUCUCCUCGACCAGCAUGGUACGUCCUCGUUUCUCCUCUCCAUUGUCUCGCACGAGUCAGAUUGAAUUUGAACACGAAAUGGGGAUGAGAAUAAAGAGUAUAAACUCUAGACUACAGAAGAUCUCAAAAGAGAAGGCUGAGCUACACUUGACGCCUACCGAUGAUCACUUCUCAACGACAGGCAGCAGCUUUCAGACAUCAUCUCUAGUCAAUCUAGAAAUUGCUAAUUCAGUAGUCGAAUUACAAUGCAAAAAGUUACUGUGACUACUUGUGGGGAAUGAGAAAGAUAGCAAGCUGAUAGCGAUCACGGGGAUAGGGGGAAUCGGAAAGACUACACUGGCUAAAGUGACAUUCAACGAUCAAUUCAUCGCAGCCAAUUUUCACAUGAAGAUUUGGGUCUGCGUUUCCAAGUACUUCAACCAAAUUAAGAUAUUAAAAGAGGUCAUAGAGCACGCCGGUGGGGACCCCCGGGAUGGUGACUGCAAGGAACAGCUGGCCCAGAUCCUAAGCAGCCUCAUCAAAGACAAGAAAUUUUUUCUUGUUCUAGAUGACGUCUGGACGACAGAGGUCUGGGACGAGCUACUCCGAGGAGCCUUGCAGGGCGCCGCCGUUGGCAGCAUGGUGUUGAUAAUGACUCGUCUCGAGUCUGUGGCGAGGCAGGUGGGGGCGUCGCACCUUCAUCCUUCCAUGAGAAUGACUGGUUUUGAAGGGUUCUACCUUUUGUGCAAGAUGGUGUUCAGAGAUGGGGAGGAGCAACAGUGGGGAGCCAUGCAAGAUGUUGGCGUUAAAAUUGCCAAGAGAUGCAAGGGCAUUCCUUUAGCUAUAAAGAUGAUCGGAGGGGUUCUGAGAUGCAAGGGUAAGAACGUACGGGAGUGGGAGGAGAUACUCGAAGAUCAAGUAUGGUCUACAUCCAUCUUCCCAGAGGACGAGGAAAAUGUUCUGAAGGCUCUGUAUUUGUCUUACAGGGAUCUGCCCUCAAGCAUCAAGCAGUGUUUUCUAUACCUCUCGCUGUUUCCCGAGGACUACGCGUUUGCGCGUCCCAGUGUCGUGCAGUACUGGGCCGCUGAGGGUUUCCUGAAACCAGAGGGCACUUUGACCAUGGAACAAAUAGGAGACAAGUUUUUCGACGAGCUGACCGGCAGAGGUCUUCUCCAUCCAGAGCUCUCAGCGAUAGAGGGGGCUCUGUGCAAGAUGCACGACAUUGUGCGUUCUCUUUGUCAGUAUCUGGCUGAAGGUGAAUGCCUCUUCGGCGGCAUGCCGAGACUGAAAGGCAGGUCCGGAAAGCUCCGCCGGUUGUCAAUGGUAGAUUGUGACUUUCCCAUAGACCUUCAUCUCUUGAAAAGAGAACAACGCCUGAGGAAACUCCUUAUCUGUAGGAACCCAUAUGGAGGGAUGGUUCUAAGACAGGAUGUUAUUGAAGCUCUUGGGUAUCUGAGAGUCUUAGAUAUCAGUGAGGAACAGCCACAUUUCAUCACAAAACUUCGACACCUGAGGUAUCUCAACGUCUCUGGGACUCCCAUUGGAGCGUUGCCAGAUUCGAUAGGCGAUAUGAAAAGCCUGGAGUUCCUGUUACUGAUGAACUGCGAGAACGUCACGUCUCUUCCAGAUGGCAUAACGCAGUUGAGAAAUCUAAGGUGCCUUAGGAUGAAUGAGAGAACUAACAUCGACCAGAUGCCAAGGGAAUCGGCGGACUGCAUCAGCGAGUUCUUUAUGGGUUUGUUGUGGACAAGCGGGAGGGAACUCUGCGAGAAUUGGGGCCUCUAUUAAAACUGAGACAUCUGGUGAUCAGAAAAUUGGAGAGGAUAUCAGAAGCAACGUAAGCCAGAAGUACCCUCCUUGAGAAUAAAACCUCCAUGAACUUCACAAGCUUUGAGUGGACCUUCCCUCCCGUCGAUACUAGCACUACAGAUGCAAGUAUCUUUGAUGAGCUAUGCCUCCCACCUUCCCUGAAGAUACUCAGCGUCGUAGGAUGCCUUGGGCUCACCCUCCCUCGUUGGAUGUGGCCUUCGUCGUCAUCUGGCGUCUGUCACACCCAUAAUCUCACAAUGAUAAUCUCCCUCAUCUGAAGCUCGUCUGGAUCAGUGGUUGUGCCCAGCUUGUAAGCAUUGGGCCGAGCUCGCAAACUCUUCUGUUUCCCCACAUCCAUCUUCUUCUACCUCUUCCUCUACUGCAAUUGUUGGCACAACUGCUGUUCUGUUCCCCAAGCUGGAAUCUUUUACUCUCAUAGAAAUGCCGAACCUUGAAACCUGGUCCUGGAAAACAAACAUAAUGGCUUUUCCUUCCCUCAAAACUCUGUACCUUGAGGACUGCCCCAAGUUGAGAUGCAUCCCCGAUGGCUCCUGGAGACGACUCAACCACAUAUUUAUCUUCAACUGCCCCUCAAUCUUGGAGGUGGGGAGUCUUCCUGCUCCGGAAAUAUUGAUCGUAAGAGAUGACAGCUCGGAGGACCUCUCGCCAUGGUUAGAGCACGUCUGUAUCGAUCCCAGGGAUGAGGUGUCAUUCCUUCUUCUCAAGGUCAGGUUGAGUCUGCUCAGGAGAAUGUUGCAACAGAGAGAGGCGGACCGUAACGACCAAGACGGUGGUUGGAAUGUCGUUAAACAAUUCCCUCGUGGUCACGUUGCAGCAACCGACGAUGAAACACUGUUUUUCUGCUACCUCAAAGAUCAAUCAUUCUUCAACACCAACGUGCAGGUCGCUUAA